CCGUCCAAGCCAUUAGUUUGACUCGUUCAAGGUUUCUUCUUUUUCUUCCUCUCAAUUCUGUGUCAAUUAUUACAAUUCUUGCAGAGGACGACUGACUCGACCAUGGAAUUCCUGAUCCUCCGUUUCUUCUCCUUCUUCUUCUUCUUUUUAUUGUGGUUCGCCGGCGAUGACGCUGUAGUUUGGGCGGCGCAACCACGGGCGGUGGAUGUCGGCGUGAUAUUGAACUCCGGGACCAUGGUCGGAAAACGGAGCCAGACUAGCAUUUCGAUGGCCGUCGACGACUUCUAUGCCGGCCACAGCAAUUACACGACGAGGGUGGCUCUGCAUGUCAGAGAUUCCGGCGGCGGUGUCGUUGCAGCGGCCUCUGCAGCGGUGGAGUUGUUGAAGAACGUGGAGGUGAAGUCCAUCAUCAGCUCGCUCACCUCCGGCGAGGCAGAGUUUGUGGUCCAGUUGGCCAACAAGACGCAGGUCCCCGUGGUUUGCUUCUCCGCCACCAGCCCGGCCCUCUCCCCCGCCCACAACCGGUUCUUCCUCCGCGCCACCAUCAGUGAUUCCGCCCAGGUCCCCGCCAUCGCCGCGCUCGUCCGCCACUUCGGCUGGCGCCAAGUCGUCCCCGUCUACGAGGACUCCAACUACGGCGCCGGCGUCCUUCCUUACCUUGUCGACGCUCUACGGGACGGCGCCGACGCGCGCGUCCCCUACCGCAGCAUCGUUGGCUCCGCCGCCUCCGACACAGAGCUCGACCGCGAGCUCUACAAGCUCAUGACGAUGGAGACGCGCGUCUUCGUCGUGCACAUGGUCUCCGACCUCGGAGUUCGCCUGUUCCGCCGGGCGAACGAGCUCGGAAUGAUGGCAGCCGGGUACGUUUGGAUCGCCACCUACGGAAUAACGAACGCCAUCGACCUCCUCGGCGUCGACGACACCGAGGCCAUGCAGGGCGUCAUUGGCGUGCGGCCUUACAUAAGAACUUCCGAGAAGAUCUCCGAUUUCUCGGCCAGAUUCAAGCGCCGCUUUCGAAUCGACCACCCCGCAGACGAACCGACAGAUCCUACGUUCUACCAACUGUGGGCCUACGAUGCAGCAUGGGCGGUUUCCAUGGCCGUCGAGAAAACAGAGCUCAUUAACUCAGCCUUCCGGAGGCCGGAAUCCAGCGGCAACUCGUACUCCACCGACUUGGACCGGCUCGGAGUGAGCCCUUCAGGACUCGCACUGCGCGAUGCUAUUUCGGCCGGUCGAUUCCAAGGGUUGGCCGGAGAAUUUCGGCUCCUCAACGGCGAACUCAUCUCGCCCGCCUUCGAGUUCGUCAACGUCAACGGCAGCACCGCGGGGUCGAUCGGGUACUGGACUCCGACGAACGGCCUCUCUAAGCAGCUCACUUCAAAAACCAGCGGACCAGCCGGGCUGAUGCCCGUCCUCUGGCCCGGCUACGCCGGCGCGGUGCCAAGAGGCUGGGAGAUCCCAACCAACGGGAAGAAACUCCGUAUAGCCGUGCCGGUGAAACAUGGCUUCGACCAGUUCGUGAAGGUGGAGACCGAUCCGACGACCAACCGAAGGCACGUGACCGGCUAUUGCAUUGACGUCUUUGAGGCCGUCGUCCACGAGCUGCCCUACGCUGUCAGCUUCGAGUACAUCCCUUUCGAGGACUCCUCUCAGUCUUACGAUCUCCUUGUUGAUCAGGUCUUCCUCAGGAACUUCGAUGCGGUAGUGGGGGACACGACGAUCCUCGCCCGCCGAUCGGAGCACGUCGAGUUCACUAUGCCAUUCACAGAGUCCGGCGUGUCGAUGAUCGUGCCGAUACGGGGCUCGAACGAUAAGAACAUAUGGAUCUUCCUAUUGCCACUGACCACGGAGUUGUGGCUCGGGAGCCUCUGCUUCUUCAUCUUCACCGGCUUCGUGGUGUGGGCAAUCGAGCACCGGGGGAACACAGAGUUCGCCGGAGAUCUGCCCAACCAGUUGGGAACCACCUUCUACUUCGCCUUCUCCACCCUCGUCUUCUCACACAAGGAGAACCUGACCAGCAACCUGACGAGGUUCGCGGUGAUCAUCUGGUUCUUCGUCGUGCUCAUCCUGUCAUCGAGCUACACCGCGAGCUUGACGUCGAUGCUCACCGUGCAGCAGCUGCAGCCGACGGUGGCCGACAUGAGCCAGCUGAACAAGACGAAGGUCAACAUCGGAUACCAAGACGGGUCUUUCGUCCAAGGAAUGCUGCAGGAGAUGUUCCAUGUCCAGAAGCUCAAGAACUACAGCACGCCUGGUCAGUACGCCGAGGCAUUGCUGAAAGGCAGCGCUAACGGAGGCGUCGACGCAAUCUUCGACGAGAUACCGUACCUCAAGGUCUUCCUCUCCGAGCACUGCACCGACUUCACGAUGGUCGGCCCGACCUACAAAACCGACGGAUUUGGCUUCGUCUUCCCUUUGGGUUCCUCCCUUGUGCCGGACAUAUCGAGAGCAAUUCUGUCCAUAACAGAGGGGGAGAAGAUGGGUCAGAUUGAGAAGGCAUGGUUUGGCGAUCCAUCCAACUGCCCGAGUCAGAGCAACAACUUGAACUCACCUAGCCUUACCUUUCAGAGCUUCGGCGGUCUCUUCCUCAUCACCGGCACCGUCUCAGCGCUCGCAUUGCUGCUGUUCCUGGCCAAAUUCAUCUACCAGGAAUGGGAUGAGCUCAGAGCUGCGACUCGCAGACAGAGCUCCAUGUGGAAGAAGAUGGUUGCGGUGGCAAAGCUCUACCACAAUGUAGACCAGCAGUCAUUGGCUUCGAAGAGGGAAGACAAUGGCAGCGUAGGGUCGCCUUAUUUGAGCACCCCAUCAGACACUUCAUUUGGAGAUAGGAGAUCAGAUGACAUGGCUGAGACCUUACAAGCAAGAUGAAGAUGAAGUCUGCAUUUCUCAUACUUGAUGUUGAUGCUUUCGAUAGGAGAAUUAAUCUGUAAAUAAGCAAACGACCAACAGAGUUCCUACUGGUAGAAAUUUCUUCAUUCA